UAGUUAAUUUUAUAUAUACAUUUGCAUUUCAUCACUGGACCAUUUCAAAUCUAUUUUAAUAAAAAUAAACAAGAAACAUUCGCAUAUAACGAGCCGGUUAAACGAUAUAUAGCAUUGAAAUAUUAGCUAAUCGGAAAAAUACUUGUUAAAGAUAACAUUUCCGUUAAGAUCUUACAUCGAUUGGAUAUCGUAUUUUUGAAGUUAUCCAAUGAAAAAUAAUAUUGCAAAUUUUCCUUUAAUGAAGUGAUUUUUAAAAUGUGUAUUGGGAAACUGCGACUUUCCACAAUGUUUCGAAAUAUUAUAUAAUUUUCAUAAUUUUAUUUCUAUUUUUAAUACUAGAUAUUAGAUUUUAACAUAGAAAGCCUUGAGAAUGCAAAAAGUUUGAGAACUACUGCUUUAAUACAUUUCGCGCAAAAAGUUAUGUCAUGUACACGUACAUAUAAAAGUAAUUUUUCUUAACGUAUAUAAAAUGGAUAACAAUUUUAUGUCGACGAUAUUUGUAAUAUCUAUACAUUAUCAAGAAAUUGAUAAUAUAUAUACCACUUGUAACAACUUGUUAUUAAACAAUGUAGUGUAUUUAUUCAAUAAAUUGAAAUUUUUAUAAAAUAUAAUAUAUCUAAAAAGUUUUCAUUAUAAACCAUAUCAAAUUCAAUUCCUAUUACUCAUAUCGGCAAGCCUAUUGGAAGAAGUAGCAAUGAUUAUCAGUGCAACAUGAUAUAUAUACAUAAAACUACUGCAUCUACAUUUAUAUAAAAAAUAAAAAAUAAAUUAAUGCAAUACUACUACUCUUUACUGUAACAUUUGCACUAUAAAAAAACAUUUCAAAAAUUAUUUAUAUUAAUAAGUAAUAAUAAGUAAUAUUAAUAAUCGUAAUCAUCAUGAUGGAGUUCCUUGAUACAUCAAAUAAGCAGAAAUAUUUUAAAAAUGAUAAAGUAUUUCAUACUAUAAAUAAACAGUUUUUGUCUUUGAAAGAAAAUGAUACUAAAAGGAUUAAUUCUCAUUUACACCCGAUCAUUGAUGAAAUACUUGAAAAAAUGAAACAAGAUGAUUUCUUUAAAAAAGUAUUUCAAAGAAAAUUAUUCGGCGGUAGUUAUUAUAAGGGUACGAAAAUUGGAGCAGCUAUAGAAUUUGACAUAGAUAUAAUAAUAAGAUUACCUAUUGACUAUAAGCUUAUAAAAGUACAAAAAAGUAAUCAUCCAGGUUUUGUUAACAUACAUUCUGGGUUAGAAUUAGAUAAAUUAACUAAUGAUACACAAAUAAAUAGGUCAUUAAGGAAAUUACUUGAUGAAAAUAUGUAUCUUCACCAAGGAAAGUUUCAUAACUGGAUGGAAAGCAUAUUAAUUAAAGCCAUACAAACUUUACCAAAAAGGGAAAAUAAAUAUAUAUUAAAAUUAAAUGACAAUGAAUAUAUAAUAACAAUAAAAAAGUCCGGUCCGGCAUUUACAUUUACAAUACUUUUUUCUGAUAAUGAAAAUAUAGACAUUGAUUUAGUACCAGUGCUAGAAUUUUCCAAAAGUCCACCAGGAAUAGAUCAUUUAAAUUCGUACCAAAAACAAAACUGGUUUGCUGUACCUAAGCCUUUAUAUAAUUAUAAAGGAUUUAAUGGAAAAACACAGAUCUCUUGGAGAACAUGUUUUUAUGAACAAGAAAAAGAAAUUUUAUCUAAAAACGGAUAUAUUAAACAAGUGAUAAAGCUUAUAAAAAAAUUAAGAGAUACCCAAAACUGGGUAAACCUUGCCAGUUAUUAUAUAGAAACAUUAGCAUUAGAUGAAGUUCAAUCUAAUAAAAAUUUAGAAACAAAAUCAUGUACAAUUUUAUUUAUGGAGAUGCUACACAAAUUGCAUAAGUCUCUACAAAAUAAGCGCAUAACUUAUUACUGGGAUUCCAAGUUUAAUCUAUUAAGUAAACUCCGUGAUGAAGAAAUAGUAAAUAUUAAAAAUCGAUUGGAUAGAAUCCUUAAAAAAAUUUAUAAUUCUAUAGAAGAUGAUAAAUAUAUCAUUGCUUCUUAUAUCUUAAAUCCUAAGGAAUUACAUAUAUUAAAGUUCAAAGACUCUGAAGAAUGUGAGCAACCUGAACAAACAGAGAGCAGAUGCACGAUUUUUUAAUGAUCAUAUUUACUGUGAAUUCCGAAGUUUUUAAACUAUUUUAAUUUCUCUAAAUACAAUUUGAUAACAAUUUAGUAAACAAAUGUUCUAUAUAUACAUAUUAUUAUAAUAUAUACAAACACAUAUCAUAUAUAUA